AUGGCCUCCAAUACUGGAUAUGGCCUCCAGAUUGGAAUCGUCGGGGCUGGUGUUGCUGGGCUCAGCGCUGCUAUUGCUCUGAGGAAAAUCGGACACAAUGUUGAGGUCUUUGAACGGUCUCAAUUCAAGAAUGAGAACGGUGCCGCCGUAUCACUGACGCCAAAUGGUGGCCGAAUCUUGGAACACUGGGGCUUUGAUCCCAUUGCAGCCGGUGGCAUUGAGAACAAGCAGGCUCGUCGACCAAAGGGGGACACGCUUGAACCGAUGGCCCCGACCAUCAACUUUGCCAACGUCGAGCAGCAAUUCGGAACCAAAUGGUACUUUUACCAUCGUGUCGACAUGCAUCGACGCCUACGAGAAAUGGCUGAAGCAGCUGGAGCCAUCAUUCGACUCGGCUCCCAGGUGAUGGACGUUGAUCCGGAGACUGGAUUGAUUGAUCUCAAAGACGGCUCGCGAGUCCAGAAAGAUCUUGUCGUUGUUGCAGACGGCCAGCAUGACCGAGUCAAUGCAAAGAUUACAGGGAAGGAGGUGCCCAUGCAAAGAAGCGGGCAGACCGCUUAUCGGUGCCUCAUUCCCAUGAAGGACAUUUUGGAAGACGAGGAGACCAAGCCCCUGUUUGAAAACCAGCCGGCGGGAUUCUGGGCUCCGGCUCUGCCAGCCAAGGGAGUCAUGGUCGUAUCCUACCCCUGCCGAAACAACGAAGUCCUGAAUGUGGUGGCAGUUCACCGCAAGCUGGGUCAGCACACCUCGAGUGAUGACGACGUGAUGAUCGAUGAUUGGAAUUUUCCCGCCACCCAUGAGGAUCUGGAGAGGGUGCUCGAUGGGUUCCAUCCCAGUGUCCAGAAGCUCCUGUUGAAGUCGCCCGAGGUCAAGGUGUAUACGCAAAUGAAACGAGAACCCCUGAACAAAAUGACUCGAGGCAAAGUUGUCUUGAUCGGCGAUGCCUGUCAUCCUAUGCUCUUGACUCAUGCACAAGGCGUGUCAUCCUCGAUCGAGGACGCGGCUGCCCUCGAGCUCUUCCUCGCCGAUGUGCCCAGCUCCGAGAGCGUCGCCUCCGCGCCGUCUGAGAAACUGCUACGACGUUUGGAACAGUUCGAACAGUUCCGGCUGCCGAGAGUUUGCGCCACACAGAUCAUGACUGAUCCCGUCGUGCCAGGCUCACAGGCUGCGGCCAACUACGCCAAACAAGAGGCUGAGAUCCGCCAACAUUACUCCGGCCCUCUGCCUCCCACCGGGUCCAUGCCGCACAGCCCAGCUAUCUGCGAGUUCUUUUUCGGAUACGAUGUAAGGAGGCAGGCUAUCGAGUUCCUCAACGAAGCGAAGGCCUCAGAAGAGGCGGCAGCUGCAGUCGACACCCCGACCGUGAGCGUGGAAACCCCGCCGAUUGACGAAACGAAGGCUGUGGAGGCGCCAACCCCUACCCCUGCUCAAGCGCAAGUCGAUGAAAGGGCCAUUGAAGUACCAGCUGCGGAGACCUCAACCUCAUCUAUUGACCCAAAGAAAGGAGUUGUGGAAGCCCCAGCGCCCGUUCAAGAAGCAGUCGAGGAACGGGUGGUUGAAGAACAAGCACCGGUCGCAGAGCUGAACGCAGCCAACCCGAUGGAGCAGAGAAUCCUAGACCUGGAGCGCAAACUGGCAGAGAUGGAGACCAAACUGGCGCAAUUAAGUGUCCACAUCACUACCAUGGAGAUUCAACCUACGCCUCCUCCGACGCCGCCAGCUUCUCAUGAAGUGCCAGCGUUGGUACUGUCGGCCUGA